AUGUCGCCCAUUUUUGUUUCUGUUUCUGGCGAAAAUAUAAGGAAAAAAAGAGAGAAAGAAAUGGAGAGAAGAAUAUCUAAAUGGAUGAUGAUGAUGAUAGUAAUGGUAGUACAUGGAAUUGGUAUAGUGAUAUUCACGAGAGGUUUUCUGUUGACUCGAACAGAGCUUCCUUAUUAUAGUCAAUGCUCUGAUAUAUCUGAAUCUCCUUGCUUUUAUAAUAAUAACAAUAAAUCUUCUGAUUCUCAUUUUAGUAUCGGUAAUCCGAAUCAGCAGCAGCAAAAGUGUUGGACUAAACCUGCUGUUGAUCGUAUUAUUAUUAUUGUUCUGGAUGCUCUCAGGUUCGAUUUUGUUGCUCCAAGCUCAUUGUUUCCAGAGAAGAAGCCAUGGAUGGACAGACUGCCUAUUUUACAGAAAUUGGCAAAAGGGUCAUCUGCCAAGAUUUUCAAAGCUAUUGCUGAUCCUCCUACCACAAGUCUUCAACGUCUAAAGGGCUUGACUACUGGUGGACUUCCAACUUUUAUUGAUGUCGGAAAUAGCUUUGGUGCUCCUGCAAUUGUUGAAGAUAACAUCAUUUAUCAGUUGGUUCUAAAUGGGAAGCGCACACUGAUGAUGGGUGAUGAUACAUGGGUUCAGUUAUUUCCUCAUCAUUUCAAUAAAUCUUAUCCUUACCCAUCGUUUAAUGUUAAAGAUCUACACACAGUAGACAAUGGAUGCAUUGAACAUUUAUUUCCGUCCCUAUAUCAAGAUGACUGGCAUGUGCUCAUUGCACAUUUUCUUGGUGUGGAUCAUGCUGGGCAUAUAUUUGGUGUUGAUUCUACGCCAAUGAUAGAAAAGUUGGAGCAGUACAAUCUCAUGCUAGAGAAAGUAAUCAAAGAAAUAGAGAUCCAGUCUGGGCCAGGUGGCUUACAUGAAAAUACUCUUCUUCUUGUGAUGGGUGACCAUGGACAAACAUUAAAUGGUGAUCAUGGUGGAGGCAGUGCUGAGGAGGUGGAAACAUCAAUUUUUGCCAUGAGUUCUAAGCGGCAGCCAUUUUCCAUUCCAUCUGAACUGGACACUUCAUCUUGUGAACAAGAUCUGGAUGGAAACGAGAUAUGUACCAGUUCCCUCCAUCAGCUUGAUUUUGCAGUGACACUGUCAGCUUUACUUGGUGUAUCCUUUCCAUUUGGAAGCAUUGGGCGUGUUAACCCUGAACUAUAUGCUUUAGGUUCUGGUACAUGGAAUUUGGAGGAAACUAAAGUGGGGGAUUGCAAACUGUCAAAACUGGAAGACUGGGUACAGAAUUAUGUCAAUGUACUUUGCAUCAAUUCCUGGCAGGUCAAAAGAUACAUUGAUGUCUAUUCAGCUUCAUCGAUGAUUGGAUUUUCCUCUGAAGACUUGCUACACAUAUCAGAUGUAUAUAAUCAGGCAGAGGAGAAUUGGUUACAUAUUAAGGAUUUAUUAUCAUAUAAAAAUGAAAGCUGCCACUCCUUGUUGCCUGAUCUUUUAAGGCAAAUCGACACUUAUUUUAACUUUCUCUCAAAUGUUUCGGAGUUGGCACGCUCCAAAUGGACCGAGUUUAAUUUGAAGAUGAUGGGCAUCGGUCUUGGGAUUAUGUUGAUGUCACUUUUAGUUAUGUUUCUUGCUAUUCAGCAGGCAAAUAGGCCAUAUGCUGUUUUCCGUCCUACACCUGGAAAUUCUAUGAUUUCCUUUGACUUAGUAUUUGCUUUCUUUAUAGUGGCAAUACGUGCUGGCAGCUUGUUUUCAAAUAGUUACAUUUUGGAAGAAGGAAAAGUAGCAAGUUUUCUGUUAGCCACAACUGGAAUUAUCAAGUUACGAUACUCAAUCAUGAAAAAAAAGAUGAUAUAUGAAGCAGUAAUAUUUCUUCUAUUAAUAUCCAUUCUGAGAUUCAGCAUCGAGGUUGGGCUGUCAAAGCAGGCUGCUACUUCUCUAUUUAUGAGCGCAUCUCCCUCGUGGAUGCUUGGGAUUGCCCCAGGGCAUCCAAUAUGGAUGUAUAUGUCUGAAAUUGGGCCAAUUUUAGCUAUAAUCUCAUUAGCAUGGUUAUUGUAUAGAACCACUUCUAGCAGCCAUUAUUGGGGAAUUUGGAAAUGCAUAAUCAUGGGAACCAUUUCAAGUUAUUUACUUAUAGCAGUACAUUGGCUAUCUGAAAGUAGCACACUGAGUCUGGUUCUGUUGCUUCGAGGAAUUGGAAAAAGUUAUAUUCCCAGAUUAGUUUAUGGUAUUGGUCUGGGUCAACUUACUUUAGUGGCAUUUGGUCAAUGUUUUACAAAGGAGAAACCUUUAGAUGGAAACUGGAGCUUGAUAAUUAAAACAGUGGCCCUGUCAUCUGCUUGGAGUUCAACAAUCAUUCUUUUGUCAGGAAAACAGGGUUCCUUGGUUGCAUUAGCAUUCAUAAUUGGAGGGUAUUGCAUUAAAAAGCUGGAAAAUAUGGAAGAUGCCAUUAGCGGGACUGCUACAAUGUUGAAUUUCAAUCCCCUUGCUGUAACACAAUGGAAUCUUUUAGCCGUGUGUCUAUUCUUUGCCACAGGUCACUGGUGUGCUUUUGAUGGCCUCCGCUAUGGUGCUGCAUUUAUUGGGUUUGAUGAGUUCAUCCUAGUUCGUCAGGCGGUCCUUCUUACAAUUGAUACUUUUGGUUUUUCACAUAUUCUUCCUAUUUUUGGGCUUCCAUUUCUUGCUCUGCACCGAUCUUCUUUGGGUCAGACCAACUGCUGGAAAAGUUCUAUCUUGUCACGGCUAUCUCAGAUGUAUAUGAUGUUUGGACUCAUCACAGCCACCACAGUUACAGCCACUAUAAUAUGUGUCACUAUUCAAAGGCGGCAUCUAAUGGUGUGGGGUUUAUUUGCUCCAAAAUUUGUUUUCGAUGUGGUGGGUCUUCUGCUGACAGAUCUUCUAAUGUGCUUGGCUUUUCUAUUCUAUUCUGGUGGAGCGGAAGAUGUUGCACAGCAGGAUCAGAGUACUGAAAAAUGAUGGUAAAAAAGAUCUUGACUUGGGAUUUUCGCUGCUGAUGCCAACGGAAGAUAUAAACUCUGAAAAUCUUCUGGGUUCAUUGUUUAUUCAUCUUUUGUAAGUGCUUGUUAGUGCAAGAUAUUGUUGAUCCUGGUUUACACAUGUCUGACUGCCAGCCAACGAUUAGAAUUCUAUAAAGAUGUGAAAAGCUGGCACAAGAAUUUGGCAAUUUUGAGAAGAAGAAAAAGAGUUAGGAAGAUUGUUUAACUUAGUGGGAUAGAGUCUCUUGCUGAGAUGUGUUCAGGCCAAAAUUACCCUUGAAGUAUAAUGGUGUUGAUGGCAUGUGAUGUAUCUGGUGUUGGCCAAAAGCCUUAUAGAGAAGGGGAAAAAAGAUAUCAAAUGUGCUAAUUAUUAUUAUUUUCUUUGUCUCAUUCUGUAUAAAAACCUUUUAUUUCCAUUA